CUUGAAUUCUUCAUAAAGAAGAUCAGCAUAUUAACAUUGAUAAGUAUAUCCAAACAUGUACGUUACAAUGUUGCCAAAGUUUCGAAAGAGUUUCAUUUACGUGCUUAGCUUUAUAGAUAUAUAUAUCAAAGCAAUAUAAUGUUCCAGCUCACUGAAUAUUAAUGACGAAACAUUAAUAACAUCUCGUACACAUAAACAAAUAGCUUUUUCCUGGAAGAACUCGACUCUGACCCGGAUCGACACACCAAGCUCGAGGUUUCCGACCCGAAGAAGUGUACACACGAAGCCCUUACGUGCAUCAGCUGUGUAGGAAUGUAGAUUGAGAUGGCCUCUAAAGCGAGAUAUGUGGAGCUCCCAAUAUACGUCGUACACAUUGGCCUGUUGUAUGCUCUUUUACUCACGAGUGGUCUUGUGCUAGCGUGGGUAACUAUAUACCGCCAUGAACAGAAUAUUGCAGAAUUGAGGCAAAUGUUGAACACACGAGAAGACAAAGAUCAGUCUCAAGCUGUUGAUACUGCGGUUUAUACAAAUGCUGAACAUAAUAUGCUUGUUCAGGAAGACAAGGUAGAAAUAUUAACACUUGAAUAAUCCUAUGUAGUCGGGUAUAAUUGUUGAAGCUCAACUUCUUGUACAUGUACGCCAGUAUAGACUACAAUGAUAUUUGCCAGUCCUCAGCAGAGCAUACUGCAUGUACUACGUACACUCAGUCAAGUGAAGUCUUCAUAAGUUAUAAACUACACCACUAUCAUAAAAUGUGCAUAAUCAGUAAGCUCGGAUAUAUGAACUGCUGUGCGCUAGUGUUGCAUGGUACAGUGUUGUCCUUUUUAGAAUGAUUAUAUUUAAAUUUUAGUGAGUCUGAGGACACUUCACUUAGUCCAUUGCAGCUAAUUAUUAAAAUGAAUGCGCUCAAGAUAUAUGAAUAAGUUGGUUGUUAUUGUUGGCACUUUAUAAUAAACACAAUGCCCGGCAAAGAAAACGUCAGUAAAAUGAACAAAUAUUGUCAAUGAGUGAUAUUUUGAAACCUGCAGGAAAUGGACGACAUGUACAGUGGCCCGCGGGUGAGAAGAGGACAAGAGAAGAAAAGAGCCAACAAAAAAGUUGCAAGUA